CUCGCGCCUGAUUAUUUUAGUCACUGUGGGUGCCCGCUAGCAGUGGAUUCCAGUGUUGAGUGUUCCGUCGUGAAGGGGUGUCGUGUCUCGUAACACGCCCCUCCCUGUCCUGGAAGUACUUUGUUUAGGGGUUGAAGAAAAACAAAGAAAGUGGUUACAACACGAGGAGACUCCCCCUACAAUCACAAAGGAACAUAUAUUUUUUCGUUGUUACAAUCAAUUGGAUAUAUAAUACAGUAUAUAUAUUUCAUUGAAUAAUCAGCUGCUUUUUUAAAACAGCUGUAAAUAAUACAAGAUAUAUUUUAUAUAUCUUUUGUACACAUAAAACUAUUACAUGAGUAUUCUCAUAUACAUAUAUAAUUUACACAAUCUUCUGUAAAUUAUAUAUUUAUACAUUGUUUCAUUGUUGUUUUGAAUCAUUAACAAAUUAAGAAAAAAAAAAACGAAAACAAUUACGGGAUAUAUUUACAAGUUUAUACGGAUGAAAGAAACUAUUAUUAUUGGUCAACUGUUAAAACAAGAGUUUUCUUGCACCUUAUUAUCAUCAUCUUAAAAGCAACCACCUGCGACGUAAUAACGAGAUCUAAAGCGAUCUCAUGCAAUAUCGGACGCCUCUUUAAUAGGGAGAUCUUCGCGUGGUCCUAUGACUGACUCCUUCAGUUUGCACUGCACACCUAUGAGUGGGUUCUCUCGGUCCCGCCCUAGAACACCGUCAUAUUAUGCAUCCCCUCGGGAGGAAAAAACUGCCGAGGUUGUGGAUCCCACACCGGCGGCUAAUCCGGGUAAUCUUAGUCCCGACUUACAACCAUCAUACACACCGGACUUUCCUAAGGCCUGCGGGAACUUACAACUGGAAAAAUAUACUCUCAUAGAACUGCGUGAAUAUAAAGAUCGGAAUGUUUACAAGGCACACAACACACAUACCAACAGAGAAUCCAUUUGUAAAGUGUUUCCUGUUGAGCGGUAUCGAGAGGUGCUUAGUACAUACUGGCAGGUGGACUGCCAUUCGAACAUAUCAGGAGUGGAAGAGGUGAUACUCGACAAGAAUGGCGUCUACCUGUUUUUCAAAAUCAAUUAUGGUGACCUGCACUCGUACGUGCGGCAAAAGAAACGGUUGAAAGAAGCCGAGGCUUGUCGUUUGUUCCGACAAGUGGUGGAGGCUGUAGCACACUGCCAUGAACAUGGAGUUGUACUGCGUGAUCUCAAGCUUCGCAAGUUUGUCUUUGCCGAUCCAGAAAAGACACAUCUCUUAUUAGAAGGACUUGAAGAUGCUUGCCUUCUUGAAGAUGAAUCAGACGACAGGUUAACAGACAAACAUGGCUGUCCUGCCUAUGUGAGCCCUGAAAUUCUCAGUACUGCAACAGAAAGUUACUCUGGCAAAGCAGCAGACAUAUGGAGCCUUGGCGUCAUGUUAUACACCAUGAUUAUCGGCCGUUACCCUUUCCAUGAUACUGAGCCUAGUGCUCUAUUCGGCAAGAUCCGUCGAGGGCAGUAUUCACUGCCAGACAUUCUUUCAUCAGGUGCCAAAUGUCUAAUUCGUAACAUGUUACGGCGCGAUCCUACUCAAAGACUUACUGCCGAUGUUUCUCUACUACAUCCUUGGCUUGCCGGCCAUUGGCCAAGUAGUUCGGUCAGCCAGACAUGUGUUGACCGAAGACAGACAACAGAUCAGACCGUCCCAAAUAUCAAAUUAACAGAAUUAAAAGAUGAUUUAUUUGACUGAAAAAA